UCAAACUAAUGUAUUCUUUAGCACAUCCCAUGAGCCAGCCUUCUUUUCUUUUAGAGUUUGCAGUCUCUAAAAUUGAGGCCCCAUUUGAUGGAUUAAAUAAAAUCCUCAUUUGUCUUACUUCCUACCAUUUUAUUCCCACUUAUAUUAUAGCACCAAUCCAAAUUGAUUAGCUUCUUAUCAUCGGCUAGAAGCAUCAGUCGCCAUCUUUAUUGCAUUAUAAUAUAUUGACUGAAUUAUAUCUUGGCUAGCAAUAAGAGACUUGGUCUAAGAUUCUCCUUUAGUAUUUGUGGAGAAUCAAAGCUACUUAAGUAUUUCUUAGGCAAUUCUUGAAUGUAUAAACUAAUGUGAAGGUUUUUUCUUGAAAGUGCACUUGAAAUCUGACCCGAACCAUUAAAUAUUUCUAAAAAAGAUAUGAUAUUUCCAUGUAUCUAGUUGGAUUCUGUAAGCUGUAACAUUCACCGUUUUCUCACCAGCAAGAACCCUUACAAGAAGCAACGUGAUUUCAACUAUAUAACUCUGUCUUCCAUAUCUACAGCCAUUCUUGCUCAUAUAUACACAACAUCAGUACCUAUUACAUCUCUGUUAUAAGCUUCUUGUCCAUGCAAAGCAAAUGGGAAAUUCAUUAGUAUGUAUGUCAACAGAGAAUAAAGCGAGAAAGAAAGCCUCUAAACAUCCUCCUCCACACCCUUCUUCUUCACCUUCUUUAGUUCCAUCUUCGAGUGGAAGAGAUGGCGUAACAUCGUCUUCUUCCAAAAAAGAGAUAAAUAAAGAUUUGGAACUCGAUGAGGAAUUAGCAGAACAAGCAAUUGCUGCAGCUAUGUUAUUUCGUCAUCAUCAAAGAAAUGGCACUCUUCCAUUUCCAAGAUCAACUUCUGUUGUAUAUCCUUCUCAAGGGUCAAACAAGAAGCAGCUGCAGCAGCCGGGUUUUACAAAGAGUUCCAGUUCUAGGCAACGUUCUCUUGCUGAUCCUUUGCUAAGACCAAGUCAGCUUGUUAGCCAGGAUCUAAAGAUUGAUGAUCUUGAAACCAAACAUUUAAUCCUUGUUCAUGGAGGAGGUUUUGGUGCUUGGUGCUGGUACAAAGUCAUAGCACUCUUAGAGGAAAGUGGGUUGAAAGUUGAUGCAAUUGACUUGACAGGAUCUGGCACUCAUUCAUCUGAUACAAACACCAUUAAAAGUCUCUCCCAAUAUGUAAAACCACUUGUUAACAUUAUUGACAACCUUAGAGAGGGAGAAAAGGUUAUCUUGGUAGGACAUGAUAUUGGUGGAGCUUGUGUAUCAUAUGUGAUGGAGUUGUUUCCAUCUAAAAUUGCUAAAUCUAUUUUCAUUGCUGCAACAAUGUUGUCCAAUGGGCAAAGUGCCUUUGAUAUAUUAUCCCAACAGACAGACUCCACUGAUCUGCUACUGCUACGACAAGCUCAAGUAUUUCUGUAUGGCAAUGGAAAGAAUAACCCUCCAACUGCUAUUGAUCUUGACAAGGCACUCCUGAAAGAUUUAUUGUUUAACCAAAGUUCACCUAAGGACAUAGCAUUGGCAUCAGUAUCAAUGAGACCCAUUCCAUUUGCACCAAUUCUAGAGAAAGUCUCUCUUUCUACCAAGAAUUAUGGUUCGAUUCCACGAUUUUAUAUCAAAACUCAGGAAGAUUGUGCAGUACCUGUCUCUCUACAGGACACCAUGAUCAAAUCCAAUCCUCCACAGCAAGUUUUUCAGAUUAAGGGUUCUGAUCAUGCACCUUUUUUCUCAAAGCCUCAGGCUCUGCAUAGGAUCCUAUUAGAGACUUUGCAAAUUCCCAAAUUGCAAGCUUGAAUUCUCCUGCACCAUUAUUAUGUCUGCUUGGGUAAAUACACCCCCCUUGGUCCCAAUUUUUGCACUAAUUCUCAAGAUGGUACCUUACUUUUAAUUUGUUUAUUUUUAGUACCAAACUUCACUUUUAGUUUAGAAAAACAUAUUAUAUAUAACUUUAUUGAUGUUGCAGCCGAUGAGGAAAUAAUCUUAGAAUACACGUCCCAUUAGCUCA